AUGACUACUUUUGAGGCGCCUCAAAAGUUUCCCCCUUGGUCCCAUCAGGCUCGCUGCAAUUCCUCCAGGACCUCCUCUGGGCCUUCGCCAAGCCUAUGUUUCUCCCCCUAUCCCUUCUUCCUUCCCCCCCACGCCUCCCCCCCUCCCCUUCCCCUCCUCUCGCCCCGCCUCCAGUCUCCCCUUUCUUCCCCUCAGGCUCGCUGCCUUCUGCUCCACCUAUUCCCCCGAUUCCUCCCCUUUCCCGCCCCUCUCCCCCUCUGCUUUAUCAGCACCGCCCAACCAGUCUCCCCUUUCUUCCCCUCAGGCUCGCUGCCUUCUGCUCCACCUAUUCCCCCAAUUCCUCCCCUUUCCCGCCCCUCUCCCCCUCUGCUUUAUCAACACCGCCCAACCAGUCUCCCCUUUCUUCCCCUCAGGCUCGCUGCAAAUCCUCCAAGACCUCCCCUGGCCCUUCGCCAAGCUUUUUAUCCUCCCACUAUCCCUUCUUCCUUUCCCCCCACAACCCCCCCUCAACUCUUCCCCCCUCCCGCUCUCCCCCUCCCACACCAGAUUCCCCCUUUUUCCCUUAAGGAUCUCUGUACUUCCUCCAAGGCCCCUUUGGCCCUUCGGGCCAAAUCUCCUCCUAUUCCCUCUCUCCCUCCUAUUCCCUCUCUCCCUCCUAUUCCCUCUCUCCCUCCUAUUCCCUCUCUCCCUCCUAUUCCCUCUCUCCCUCCUAUUCCCUCUCUCCCUCCUAUUCCCUCUCUCCCUCCUAUUCCCUCUCUCCCUCCCUACCUCUUGCCCCCCGGGCGCCCUCUCUUUCCGCCACUAGUCUCUCCUUUCGUCCCAUCAGGCUCGCUGCCAUUCCUUCUAGACCCCCUCUGGGCUUUCACCACCACACAACAUUCCUCCUAUUCCCUCCCUCUCAAGCCGUCCUUCAUUGAUAAUAUGCAGGGGCCAGCCCCACCCCAGGCCCGCUGCAAUUCCUCCAAGAACCAACCCCUCUGGGCCUUCACCAAACCUUUCCCUCCUAUUCCAUCUAUUCCCCCCCACUUUCCCUCCCUCACAUUCUACUCUUCCCCCCCCCCGCCACCAGUCUUCCCUUUCUUCCCUUCUGGCUCGCUGCAAUUCCUCCAAGUCCCCCUCUCGGCCUUCACCAAGCCAUUUCUCCUCCUUCUCCCCAUUCUUCCCCUCGGGUUCGCUGCAAUUCCUCCAAGACCCCCUCUGGGCCUUCACCAAGCCAUUUUUCCUCCUGUUCCAUCGAUUCUCCCCCACUUUCCCUCCCUCACAUUCUACUCUUCCCCCCCCCCGCCACCAGUCUCCCCGUUCUUCCCCUCGGGCUCUCUGCAAUUCCUGCAAGACCCCCUCUGGGCCUUCACCAUGCCUUCUCCUGCUGUUGCUCCAGCGCCCACCUCAACUGCUGCAAAUGAGCUCUCCCCAGAGCACCUCCUGCAGUUCGACUCAGAGGCAUUGGAGAAGCACCUGCAGGCGGUGCCGCUGCCGUCGCUGCUGCUGCUUUCCCCUCAUGACCAAGCCAUCUUCUUUCCGGACGAGGCCCAACAGCAGUCUCAACCAAGGCAGGAUAUCUCCUCCUCUUUUUCCCACUGGUGGCUGGACCCUGGGUGCUAUGCCACGGAUGAGAGCGACUGGGUGGCGGUUGAGGCGAUUCACAGUGGUGCAGAGGAGUUCAGAGCAGUAGGGGACGAGGAGGAGGGUGAGAGUAGAGAAGGAGGGCGUCACUUGGGAAGGCAGCAGGGAGAGGAGAAUGAGUUGCAACAGCAGCAGAAGCAGCAGCUUCAAAAGUCCUUCCUCCCUCUGACACCACAGCCUGCAGCAGCCUCUGGACUGGCACCAAGCACACAGGAGGGCACAGCAAAACAGCAGCUAGAACAGCUUGGGGAGCAAGCAGGAAGUAAGAAUGAUGGGCAUGGGUUUGCAGAGGUAGAUGGUUUGGAUGAGCUGCUGGGAGGGCAGGCAGGGGGCAGCAGCGGUGCAACCAGAGCAGAGAAUCUGCAGACGAAGCAGCAAGCAGAAGCAGGGGAGGCAGCCCCUGUGAACACGCAUGGGCAUGGGCAUGUGCGUGGUUUCGCAGGGGAAGAUGAUCUGGAUGAGCUGUUAGGAGGGCAGGCAGGGAGCAGUAGAGGUGCAAUUGCAACCAAGGAAGAUGUGAAGACAGCAGGUGGUUUGGGUGUGGUCAGUGCAGGUGCUGCACAGGUGAAGCCUGAACUGAAGCCAGCAGCAGCGCCACAGACACCCGCACUGGAUGAUUUUGAUGAGCUGCUAGGAGGGCGGGCAGGAAGCAUCAGCAGAAUCACAAGUGCAAACACGGGAGAGAGGAAGGCAGCAGGUGGUUCGGGUGUGGCUAAAGUAGGUGCUGCACAGGUGAAGCCUGAACUGAAGGCAGCAGCUCCACCACCGGCACUAGAUGAUUUUGACGAAUGGUUUGAUUCUGUUACGUAG